GCGUUUCACAGCCGUUAGCCUACUUUUUCCCACCUCUGUGUUUCCCCCUGUAUGAAAGAGAUUCAAAUACUUGGAAGCAGUUCUGGACCCAUUUCUUCAUCCGCAUAGCAAAAGUUAUAGGUUAGAUGAUCCUCAAAGUACUCUAGAUCCUUAUGAUUGUAUGUUUCUAUCUUUGAAUUUAAAAGCAGCUUGCUUUUGCAGCUCAACCCCAGGUUCUGAGAGGUUCAGAUAGUAUGAUCUGGCAAAAGGGAUUCAGGAUUGUGUGCCAGCUGCAGAGGAUGCUGUCCAUAGCCGUGGAGGUGGACAGGACCCCCACCUGCAGCUCUAAUAAAAUUGCCGAGAUGAUGUUUGGGUUUGUGCUGGACAUUCCGGAGCGGAGUCAGAGAGAGAUGUUCUUUACCACCAUGGAAAGCCACCUUCUGCGCUGCAAAGUGUUGGAGAUCAUAUUCCUGCACAGCUGCGAGACGCCCACCCGCCUGCCCCUGUCUCUGGCCCAGGCCCUCUACUUCCUGAACCAUUCCACGUCGCUGCUCAAGUGUCAGUCGGACAAAACCCAGUGGCAGACGUGGGAUGAGCUGGUCGAGCACCUGCAGUUUCUGUUAUCCAGCUAUCAACAUGUUCUCAGAGAGCAUUUACGGAGUUCGGUGAUUGAUCGAAAAGACUUAAUAAUCAAAAGGAUUAAGCCCAAGCCCCAGCAAGGCGAUGACAUCACAGUGGUGGACGUGGAGAAGCAGAUCGAGGCCUUCCGCAGCCGCCUGGUCCAGAUGCUGGGAGAGCCCCUGGUCCCCCAGCUCCAAGACAAAGUGCACUUGUUGAAGCUCCUGCUCUUCUAUGCUGCGGACUUGAACCCCGACGCAGAGCCCUCCCCCAAGCACUGGAGCAGCCCCUGAGGUCCUGCUAUGCACUGAGCACCAAGAAUACCUCUUGAACUGUAUCGCCAACUACUUGCAAGUUCUCAAAGUAUGGAAAGUAGUUAAAAGUCUUACAGGACCAAACCUAUCUUAUUUAUCUGUAGGCUAUAAUAACUUUCUAACUCUUUAGUAAUACCUUUUUUAAAAUAAUCCUAUCAUAGCCUAUUCUCAAAUAUGGCUUAAAUAUACAAGGUGUAUAUAUUUUUUGAUAAAUUAUUUAUCUAUACUUUUUGAAACAGGUAAUACUAUAUGCACUUACAUGUUUAACAUUUCCAUUCAGGAUGUGAAAAAAAUCCCUCUGAACAAAUCCUAGACAUCAAAUGUUACUCAAGGUACUGAUGACCCGUUUCGAAAGAGAAAGACACAUUCAUUUCUCCCCAAUGGAACACAAACAUCAGUAUUAGACCUGUUAUAUUGCCUAUGAAUUUGAUUUUGUGGCAAGUCUAUUAAGAUCUAAUGUAACGGGGGAAGGAUGGAAGGUUAGAAAUAAGAGGAUGAGCGUUAUAAAAAAUGUUAAAAGGAUACAAUAAAAAGGCAAUGGUUUUUCAAAAUA